ACCCAAAACCGGUCUUCAUUAUUUUCCUCUCAGAAAAACAAAAAAAAAACUCUCACACAGUCAUGGCGAUUCCUCCAAAACCCCCAUUUCUCUCAUUAAUUACCCACUAAUUAACCCUAAUUUCACGAUGGUGCUUGUUACGGGCGAUAGAUACUUAGAUUCACUCGUAAAAUUCGUGGAAAACAACGUCGAAUCAUUAAUCGAAGGAACCUUAAUCCUAAAAUUGAAUCCAAUUGGUCUUCAUUAUGUUCACUCUAGACUCGAAUCAUUAUCUGAACUUGAGAGUCUUUUAUCAGGUGCACCUGUUGAUUAUCUUCGUGCUUAUGUAUCUGAUUUAGGUGACCAUAGGGCACUUGAAAGGCUUAGACGGAUUCUUCGACUUUUAACAUCGUUAAAGGUGGUUUCUGUGUUGCCGCCACCAGCUAGGGAUCCAACGCCGUUAUCACUUUUGCCGUUUGGUAGGUUAAAAGUAUUGGAACUUAGAGGAUGUGAUCUGUCUACAUCUGCUGCUAGAGGACUUUUGGAAUUAAGACAUACUUUGGAGAAGUUGAUUUGUCAUAAUUCGACUGACGCACUUAAGCAUGUUUUUGCUAGUAGAAUAGCUGAUAUAAAUAAUUCUCCGCACUGGAAUCGGUUAUCAUUUAUUUCAUGUGCCCGCAAUGGCUUGGUUCUGAUGGACGAAUCUUUGCAACUUCUUCCUGCUGUUGAAACUCUUGAUUUGAGCAGAAAUAAGUUUGCCAAGGUGGAUAAUCUGCGGAAGUGCACCAAAUUGAAGCAUCUGGAUCUUGGGUUCAACCACCUGAGAAAUGUUGUGUCCUUUAGUGGGGUCUCAUCUCACAUUGUUAAGCUUGUUCUGAGGAACAAUGCCCUAACAUCAUUACGCGGAAUUGAAAAUUUGAAGUCACUUCAGGGGCUUGAUAUUUCGUACAAUAUAAUCUCCAAUUUCUUGGAGAUGGAGAUUCUUGCUGGCCUGUCAUCUCUUCAACGCUUGUGGCUUGAGGGGAAUCCUCUGUGCUAUUCUCGUUGGUAUAGAGCUCAAGUCUUCAGUUUCUUUCCGAGUCCAGAGAAGAUGGAGCUUGAUGAAAAGAAAAUCUGUACUAGUGAGUUAUGGCAGCGGCAGAUUAUCAUUGCCAGUAGGCAAAAGCGGCCUGCUAGCUUUGGGUUUUAUUCACCAGCAAGAGUUGGGGCCAAAAUAGAAGGAAGUAUUAAUACAAAAAGGAAGAAGCUCUCACGUGUGGCUAGUAUCGAGACUGAAGAACAGAACACUUCCAUUUGCUCUGAUAUAGAAUCUGCGUCUGUUGAUAUCGACAAUCAAAGCAAGGAGGAGAAUGCCCUUUCUGAUGAGGAAGCUGAAAUAGUUGAGUUGAUGAACCGAAUUGAGAAUAUGAAGAAGGAAAGAUCUGAUGUGUGGCUGCAGGAGUUCAAAGACUGGGUAAAUGACUCUUCUGACAAUUUUGUUGGUGUUUCUAGAGGCAAAGAGACUGUCUCCAGUAACCACAGAGAUGAUGAAGUUAAGACCCAGAAUAGAGACAAUCAGCUAGGUGAGACCUCCAAAUAUUUAUCUGACUCGAUGCUGGCUUCUGGAGAUGACAGCAGCACAAAUAUACUAGAAUCUGACAACUCAUUCGCAGAGAUGUUUCAUUACCCCAACCAAAUUGGUGAAGCAUCUUCCAGAUUUUCUCGGAAUAACACAGGAGAGUCCAUUCAGAUUAGUAGAAGCCGACAUCAGGAUAUAUUUAGCCCUAUAAAUAAUGAAGUGCUUCAUCCAACUACAAUGUUCCCUCAGUCUGAAUCCUACUCAACCCAAAGGGGUCUUAAAAUGAGUGCUAAGAUCAAUAUUCCACCACUUACUGAUGCUGAUAAUAUUUUGGAUUCUCGAUCAUCUUUGGCUAGCACAGGAUCACCUCCUCACUACAAGGAGGACAUUCUGCACAGACGUCAAAAUUUGGAAGAAGAAUUGCUGCAGCUGUCUGCUGAAUCCUUCUCAGCUGCAUCUUCUGAUAGUGAUACAAGCUGUAGCGACGACGAUUGCCCUGAGUUGACCUCAAUGCCUCUGGUUGAUCAGUUUCUUAUCGACAAUGUCUCAGAAAGGAGUGUGGAUAGCUACUCACCAUUGCAUCUGUCCAUGGAUGUAUGCCAUGAAAAAUUGUACCCGAUAAAACUAAAUUGUAGAUUCCCAGCACGUUUAGGUACUGAUUGCGCGGUGGUCAGGGAACCAGGCACUUCCUCCCAGCAAGGGCAUAUUUCUACUGAUAGACAAGAUGUAGAAAGUGUACAAGUUGUGAAGCAGGACGCUGAUUGGUUGGAGAAGAAAAAGCGUCGGAGGAAACCUGCAAGGCGAAUAAUCUCACUGUGUGAGGAAAAUGAAAAAGCAGAUGAUGAGACAGCAGAACCUAAGAAAUUAGAUUUGGAUAUAAAUGGUUUUCAAGAUGGAGGGGUUGGACCACUGUGUGCUUCAGAGAGAGCUUCUAGCCAAAGUGCGAUGAGAAUAUCCCUUGAUAGUUGUGGCAGGCAAACUCAUGCUGAGAGAAGCAGAUUACUACAGGGGGCUGAGAAGCUAAUUAAGAAUUACUUUAACAAAAAAGCUGCAGAUUCUGGAAUUGAUGAAUCUUGUCAGAGAUACAUUCUAUGCAACUGUUUGCUCGAGAAAGACUCUCAGUUCAGUGAAAGUGAGGUAGCUGUAACCUUGAGCAGCGAGCAUAAGUUACAUGUGCUACUCCUUGAAAACUCAUGUGUUGGGUCAGCAGGUUCAAGCUUAAAAUUAGCUGGCUGUCAUGGUUUUGAGCAGAUGAGAGAGGUUUUUGUGGGUUUGGGACUUCAGAUUGUAAGUAGAGUGUGCUUCGGACGGGACACAACCUACCUCUUUGUGACCAGAAAUAUAGAUGUGUCCAGAGAGCUAUUAUCGAUAUUGGGGUUUAUUGAUUCACAUGUGGUGGAAAAUGACUGUUCUCUGCGAAGUUUGGAGAACGUUCAGGCUGAUCUCUUCGAAAGGCAUGUAUGUGGAGGUUUGAAGAUGAGCAUUCUUCAGUAUUCAAUGGUGAUGUUCUGGUGCAACAAUUGGAGAGAGGGUUCAUGGCUGCGGAGAUCGCUAUUUGUGCUUGGAAGGCAUCUAAUUCUGUGCACGGAAGAUGUAACCCUGCUUGGUUCCCUUUCUGAGAGUGUAUCAUGCUCUUCCUACUUCUCGUUGGACUCUUGUUGUUCCAUUGUCAGCGUGUCAGAAGUGGUAAUUGACACCAAAGAUUGCUAUUGCGUGACCCUGACUUUGGAAGGCGUCAUGUCAAAGUUCCCUCUUACACUGAAGGAGGGCAAGAUAGUCGAGGAUACAAAACUCGUGAAGAGAAAACCUGUCUCGGGUCCCCAGAAGUGGAAGCUGAAGUGGUUCUCGGAAGAAAGUCUCUUCCAAUUUGUGUCUUUAUUGAAAGCAUUACAUGGUGAAGCAACCACAAAUUCCUUACUUGUAUAUCGUCAUCAAAGCAAGUAAAAUCUGUUUUGUUUUUUCAUUCUGCGGUUUUGUUUUUCAUUCAUUUCAUUCUUUGGUUCUGGUAUACUCUUCUUAUGCCCCUGGUCAAUGUUAUAUUUGCUUCUUUUUUUAGUUUUCUCUUUUCUUUUCCUUUUCUUUAGGUUGAUGUGCUUUCCAUUCUUUGAUUUGUUGUGCAGUCACUGAUUUGUUGUAAAAAGCGUACGGAAGGGAAAUUAGUAUUUUUUAUCUCAGUUUGUUUUGGAGAUU